UCUCCCUCUAAAGUGGAAAUGUUUUGAUGACGCAAAGAAGGACUGCUUUCGUUUCCUGUAAAGGGGGUGUCGCUUCUGCUAACACCUUAGUUGAUAUACAGCGCAAAGUCAAAACAGUUACUUGUGUGCAACCGAUUUUAUUUUCUCAAUUUUUAUAAUACGUGGUGUUAUUCUUUGUACUUGGUGUAAAGUGGUCACCGUUUAAAAUUGUGGUGUUUUUUUAUCACCCCUCCCUCGUGGCGCGUUGGUACAUUCCGUUUAGACCCGCUGGUCUCCUGUAGCUGCUUUCAGUUGAGGGUUUUAUCGUGACGUGAAGCGCGGUGUGGUGUGUUUAUGUGCCCACCGCGUCAUAAAACUGAACUGUCCGUUUAACAAAACGAAUAACCGUCCGUCUGCAGGCCUGACCACAAGGACACAUAAUGGAUGAAGAAGAGCAGUUUGUAAAUAUUGAUCUGAAUGAUGACAAUAUCUGCAGUGUCUGCAAACUAGAGACAGAAACGGGGACCUUAUCUUUCUGCCACGUCUGCUUUGAACUCAGUAUUGAAGGUGUGCCCUCUGCAACCUUGUUGCAUUCUAAGUCCCUACGUGGCCACAGAGACUGCUUUGAGAAAUGUCACCUCAUUGCCAACCAGAAGCUGUCGUGUUCCAAGGUCUCCCCAAGUGCCUAUGAGGGCAUGAAGCUGGCCCUCAGCCAGAAACUCAACCGCAUCAUCCAGUAUGCACAAAACAAAGACUCUGUCUCCUCUAACAGCAGACGAGGGACCAAGCUCCUUUGUUACAGUCAGCAGAGCGACAGUAAACUACUGCCCCAGUCGGAUGGACAGGUGCCCCGCUACACACCCCAUUGGGACACUGGCAAAGCAACUGGGCUGCCUGUUUAUGCCAUGGGAAUGUUGGACUGCCACACAGAGGACGAGCUCGGGUUGCUCCAAGAUUCAGACAGUGACGUUUGGCCCAACAAUGGCAGGAGAGGACUGCGUGGGCGAAACCAACCGUCAGGGCGGUCCCAGAUGCAGCACACACACCAGGGCCACAGCAGAGAUGAAUUGAUUAAAAUGAGUGUGGACGAGCUCCAUCAGCUAAAUGACCAGCUCUUAAUGCACAUUCAAAAGGUCUUCGAGGAGCUGACUGUGGCAGUGCAGGAGAAGGACUCAUUGGCGUCAGAGCUGCACGUGCGUCACAUUGCUAUUGAGCAGCUCUUUAAAAACUGUGCAAAGUUGCCGUGGCUGCACAUUAGCAGGGCAGGGGUCAAGGCCAGUAGUAGUGGCACCGUGGAGUGACGGCAGUGGGACCGUGUCCCAGACAAGCACAUAAGCAUGCUGACUACAGCGGGGCUGACAAUAGCUUUUAUGUAUUGUGAAUGACUCCUACAUCACCGAGAUGAUACUGAGCUAGUAGCUCUGCUAUAAGGACAGCAUUAAGAACUAAAUGGAGAUAAAUGCCUGUGAGGUGUUUUGAUGGUGUGCAUUUUUAAAACAAUUGGCCAUUCUGACAUGUGACCUGAACCUCACCCAGAGCAGGUAUUUAGGAUGCGUUGAUACAAGUGUGAUCAGAAAUGUCAUGGCUCCAGUACAAGGUAAAAUAUGUUGCUUUGAUAGUACACCAACCAAAAAUGUUUUUUUUUUUUUUAAAUCAGCAACUUUUAUUUGUAGUGAAUGAUUUUGACUUUGAUUUUUCAAUUUAUUUAUUCAUGUAUUAAGGGUGAUUUAGGUUUGCAUUUUUUAAAAUGGAAAGUUUUUGUUGUACAUAGUCAGAACAGUAUUCUAAGUCACAGAAACUAGUAUUUGAAUCCAAUACCGUUUUCUUUAGCCACAACAAUCUGUUCUAAAGUAGUCCUCUGAAACGAGGCCAUUUCAGGGAGAUCCAAAAGUUUUGCACUGUUUAUAUAAAAUAUCUAUAAAGGACUGUUCCUCAGAUGAAAUGUCUGACUAUUUAAGCUGUGUUGAAGAUAUUAAUGACUACAACCAAUGACCCAGGAUCUAAUGAAAAUGCAAAAAUUCAGAGCAACAAAGAUGGAAAUAGUAAAGUAAAAUUUUAACAUCACAACAGAUAUAUUGAACAGCAGGAGAUAUUUAGUCAGACCAAACCAAAUUAAACCCACAUCCCUUUUUCUUUGACUUACUUUAGGUAUGUUUUUAUCCAGUGUAUGGCUGAAGCAUGAUGGGAAAUGUCUUAAUUUAUUAGAGAAAGAAAGAACAAAACAUAAUCUGCAUACAUUACUUCAGAUGUUUUAGGUUUUAGUGUGAUCAUUUUCACCAGCUUUCCUGUCCAUCACUCACCUGUGUAGUUUUAGCUGAUGAUAUCUGCUAAAAACUUUAAAAGCAAAGGCUACAUAUGGUUUAAUACACCUUUUUAAACUUGUUUACUGUGACUCUGACAGACUAGUGAGUUAAAAAAAAUCAACUAUAUAAAAUGAAAGUGUUGCUGAAUGAACACUGGCAACCGGAAAGACAUGUUUUGUUCUGUUGUAGUAAAAUAGCUGUUACUGCUGAUGAGUGUUACUUGAUAUUUUUAACAAAGAGGUCGUUUGUUAAGUGUGGUAUAGAGAAAAACUCAGCUGCCAAACCAAAGUCUGUUUUAUAUGUAAAGUACAGGUGUAUGAACAGUUGCAGAUGCAAUACCAAAUACCUUUAGUUCAUUACUAAAAAGGUAGAUUCCUGUGUUUAUUGUCUUUAAAAAAAUGAACCUUUUUUUUACUCUACAGGUGUUUCUUUGUUUUCAAGCAUGUUUGUGUAUUUUUACAGUUUGACCUACUUGUUGUUUACCAAUAUGAGGGUGGAUAGAGAUAAGACUGACAACACAGCAAUACUAUCACAGCAGUUUAAAUAAAUUGAGCAAGAAAGUCUCUCUGUUAACCGUGGUAGACAAAAAGAUGAUGAUGUGGUAGUGGUGACUUUAUUAUACAGGAAUCUAUGCAAGACAAAUGAGCCUUAUUAAGUUCAGAAACUUUAGAAAUGAAAGAUCGGUGUUCAUCACAGAAGAUCUAGAAUUAAGAGAAUAACAGUUAAAUGUAGAUGGGCGUGGAUUAAAGUGUCAUUGAUAUACAGUUAAAACACUUAUUGUGGUCAGUGCAUGUUUUUGCUCUCUUUGUAAGAGAAUACAUUCAUUUGACCUUUUUUGGGGUCAAGAGAUAAAAGUUUUAUCUCAAUUUUUAAACUUUUUACUAGGUUUUAUUUUGUUCCCAGAAACUGUUUUGUGCUUUAAGUGUUUGUGUGUGUGUGUUAGAUUUGAAAUAUUUAUUGCAAAAUUACAGUCAUUCAGACUUCAUUGGUGUUUUAUGUUUGUUUUCUCAAUAUGAAUGCUGUGCUUGUGCAGUGAAACAAGUCUAGGCCUGUUAGUGCUAAGGCUCUUUAUUUUAUUUUUCUCCCAUAAUCUCUUACUGGAAAUGUCAACCUACCUGUUUAACUUUCACAUCCUACUUUUUGGACAGUUGAUUUUCAGUUUUUAAAGGCAAGUCGAGGCUUUGUGUGUGCGGUGUGAUGUGUUUUAAUGUAUUUAUUGGGUUUGACUGUGGACUCUGCAGAGCUUGGGUGGUUGGUGCAGAAGCAAAUUUGUAUUUUUGUACAAUAUUCUAAUAAAAUAAUAUUUUACUACA